AUGUCGUAUGACCCGGAUGAGUCGUUUCAACUCACCAUCCCCCCCGAGCUGCGAUGCCCCAUCACGGGCGACCUCAUGGAGGAACCCAUCAUCGCCGAGGAUGGGCACACCUACGACAAAAAGAACCUGGCCCACUACCUGGAGACCAACAAAGCCAGCCCGGUGACCGGCGAGCCCUUCGUGGGAGAUGUGGUGCAGGUCCUCAACACCACCCGCCUCAAGCAGAUCAAGUGGUGGCGCACCCUCGAGGCCGGCGCCUUCGACGUCAAGGAAGUGCCCUUGACCCUGCGACGCAUCGGUGAGCAAGUGCGAGCCUGCAAGGAGGGCCACAAGAACGGCGCCAAUGAGCUGGUCUACCUCGAGGAGGAGCUGGCCCUCAUCAUCGAGAACCUCCAGAAGCUCAGGCGCAACCAGCUCAAGCUGGCCACGGUGAGGCAGAGCAGCCGGGUGGCCGACAAGCUGAAGGAGAUCGAGGAGGCCAAGGAGUCCCUCCUCCGCCAGGAAGCCGCCGUCGAAGAUCGCCUAUAUCAGCUGCAUGGCGCCGCCACACUGGCCCAGAGCCAGCUCACCUAUCAGAAGAUGGUGCUGCUGUCGCUGGAGCUGAAGGGCAAGAAGGUCAAGAACAAGCCCCUGUUCAGGCGCGGUACGCCGGUGCUGCCCAAGGACGAGAAGAAGGAGGCCAAGGAGGACAAGAAGCAGCUCAAAGACUUCCUCAAGGUCACCGACACCCUCGAGAAGGAGCUCAACGCCCUCGUCGCCGAAGACAAUGCGAUCGGUCAGAAGGCGGUGGGGAUUCGGGCGAUGAAGAAGACCGGGACGCGGCGGCAGGUGAUCGACGAGGUCGAGGAGCUGUGGGAGGGCGAGAGCGAGUGCGGCGAGCUGCCGGAGGACGCCAGCGACACGCGCGACGGCCCGACCAAGAACAGCGAGCUGACCAGCCAGAUGCUCCAGCGCCAGCUCAGCGAGCGCUCCGUCGGGGCCAUGUCGAGCCACUCCAACGGCAGCGACCGCAGCCAGCGGAGCACGGCCAGCAGCAUGCGCAGCUGGACCACCGCACACGACCUCGAGAGACUGGCGUUUGCGAAUCAGACGGACUUGGAAGAGCUGCAGCAGGACAUCCUGGGCGACUUUGUGCCCUCAGCGCGCACCAGGGACGAGAUCAACGUGGUGCUCACCACGCCCGACGGGCGACUGGCCAGCGGCGCCGACGACGCCUGCAUCUACAUCUGGAACCCCAAGACCCAUAGAGCCCGGCCCGAGAAGAUCAAGGCCCACUCCAAGGCCGUCUGGGCUCUCCAAGUGGUGAUGAGGAAGGGCGUGCCGUGCAUUGCGUCGGGGUCGUGGGACGGCGGGAUCAGCCUGUGGACGGCCAAGAACGGGAAGCACAAGGCCACGAUGACGGGCCACAAGGACGCCGUGUUCCGGUUAGCGGUGCUGCCCGAGGGCGAGCUGGUGUCGGCGUCGUGGGACGCGACCAUUCGGCUGUGGGACCCGGACACGAGCGCGUGUCUGGCCAUUCUCGAGGGCCACCAGGGCAAGGUGCGCGCGCUGGGCGUGCUGCCCGACGGCCGCAUCGUAUCGGCGGGGGACGACCGCGUCGUCCGCAUCUGGGAGGGCGACGGCAGCCGAGGCGGCAUGCGGUGCGGCCGCAUGCUGUUCGGCCACGACAAGCCCGUCGAGUGCCUCGCCGUGCUUCUCGAUGGUCGUUUGGCGACGGGGUCGCAGGACCACACGCUGCGCAUUUGGGACGUGGACACGGGCGAGUGCAUGAAGCUGCUGCACGGGCACACGGACACCAUUCGCACACUGCAGGUGCUUCGUGACGGUUUUCUUGCCUCGGGCUCGAAGGACAAGAGCAUCCGACUUUGGCACGUCAACAGCGGCACCCUCGUCUACAGCAUCGAAGAGGCCCAUGCCAAGGACGUGGUGAGCAUGACGCUGAUGCCUUCGGGCCGGCUGGUGAGCUGCGGGUGGGACAAGGCGCUCAAGGUGUGGAACUUCCCCGUGCGCAGGGAGUAG